UGGGCAGAGCUGAAGUCGCACCAGACCUGCUGAAGGCACAUCGUGAGGACCGUUAUAGACCGGCAGAGAUGGCGAAGGAGGGAACGGAGACGGCGGAGGAAACCGAGCAGAUGAUCGAAAAGAAUGGAGCUAAAGAGCCGGAGAGCGCAGUUACUGCGCCAGAUUCAAAGGAAAUGCGCGCUGUGCUGCUUUCAGGGUUUGGGGGUCUAAACAAACUCAAAGUAACCAAGAAAACCAUGCCUGAACCCCAAGAAGGAGAAGUGAAAAUUCGCGUUAAAGCAUGCGGCUUGAAUUUCCUCGAUCUUAUGGUACGUCAAGGAAAUAUUGAUAAUCCUCCGAAAACCCCUCUAGUACCUGGAUUUGAAUGUUCUGGAAUAGUGGAAGCUGUGGGAGAAAAUACCAAAGGCUUUGAGAUCGGUGACCGAGUGAUGGCCUUUACAAACUACAACGCUUGGGCCGAGGUGGUGUGCACGCUGCAGGAUUGGGUUUAUAAGAUACCUGAAGACAUGACUUUCCCCGAGGCUGCUGCUUUCUCUAUGAACUUCGUAGCUGCGUACAUGAUGCUGUUUGAAGUGGCCAAUCUCCGGGAGGGGAUGUCUGUGUUAGUUCACUCAGCAGGGGGAGGAGUGGGUCAAGCUGUUGCUCAGCUGUGUGCCACAGUCCCCAACGUCACGGUGUUCGGCACGGCCUCUCCCUUCAAACACGAAGCCAUCAGGCACUCCGUCACUCACCUGUUUGACAGAAACCUUGAUUAUGUAGCAGAAGUUCGAAAGAUCUCACCUGAAGGAGUGGACAUUGUUCUCGAUUGUCUGUGUGGUGAGAAUUCAGGGAAAGGUUUGAGUCUCCUGAAGCCACUCGGCACAUACAUCCUUUACGGUUCUUCAAACAUGGUGACGGGCGAGACGAAAAGUUUCUUCACCUUCGCCAAAUCUUGGUGGCAGGUGGAGAAGGUUAACCCCAUCAAACUGUAUGAAGAAAACAAAGUCAUGGCUGGAUUUUCGCUGCUCAGCCUCCUUUUUAAGCAGGGCGGCUGUAGCCGAGUGAAGGCCGCUGUCAACAACCUGCUUUCACUCUACAGUGAGAAGAAAAUCAGACCUUUAGUGGAUUCCCUAUGGGCACUUGAGGAGGUAAAAGAGGCCAUGCAGAGAAUCCACGACAGAGGAAACAUCGGAAAGCUGAUCCUGGAUGUGGAAAAAUCUCCCACUCCUUUAAUGGCGAGCGACAGCACCGAGACAAGCGAGGCGGGUGAGGAAGAGGAGGAGCAUGAAGGAGACAGUGAUAAUAAGGAACGAAUGCCCUUCAUCCAGUAGACCCCAGUGACCUGCCCCAGGUUAAGGAGAGACUGUGAGAGGAUGAGUGUCUUGUGUUCCCCCACGCUGUAGUGAAGAGUACAAGUGUGUGACUGUAGUGUGUCUGAAAAUUUCCUUCUUGCCAUCUCAAGUGCCAUUCCCAGCACAGUGCUGAAGAGUUCCAGUGUUGACCAUGUGACCGUGUGUGUGUGUGUGCGCGCUUCUCCUUCCCACGUCUGUGUAUGUGUUGAACUUGUGCUGUGCAGUUCUGUUCUCUUAGUGAGUAAGGAAAGCAAGGCUCAGUGUCUGCCUCAGUGUCUGCCUCAGUGUCUGCCUCAGUGUCUGCCUCAGUGUCUGCUCAACCUCUUCAGGUUUCACACAGCUUGUAGACCACAAGGCUUGCCUCUAAGGCAAAGAAACAACAUUCUGUCAUUUUUGUACAACAAAACCUGAAGAAAGAAAGAAAUAAAGAAAUAAAGAAAAAAUAUGGGAGAUAAUAUUUAUUCAUUUCAUAUAUAUAUAUGUAUAUAUAUAUGUAUAUAUAUAUACAUAUACAUAUAUAUAUAUAUAUAUAUGAAAUGAAUAAAACGAUUUACUGUGUGCUUUGUACGUUAUAUUGAUGUUUACCAGUCAGAAAUGCAACUGAUUCUAAUUAAAAAAAAAGAGAAAGUGUUUUGGGCACGAUGCUGGUCACACGGCAAGACCAAAGCAAGUAGCUCUCUGUUGCUGAUAUAAUAAUUCACCAGUAAGUGAUCUGAGCUUUAGAGUGGAGGUGAAAGCUGAACAGAAUCAGCAGUAGGAUGAAGGAAACGCAGAGGCUGUGAAUUUCUGAGUCUGUUGGCUUUUGUGAUUCUGUAUGUGUGUGUGAUUCUGUGUUGUGUUUACACUGUGGUGCUUGUGCUGAGUUAAUGUUUCAUAAAAGUAUAUUUUUGCAAGAGUGUAAUGUGUGUAGAAAGAACUGUAACUGCACUUCAAGUCAAGUCAAGAAGUCAAAAAGCUUUUAGUCACCUGUACCUAUACCUGUACUUCUGCCUGUUCCUGGACCUGUUCUUCUACCUGUACCUCUACCUGUACUUUACCUGUACCUAUCCCUAUACAUGUACCAGUACCUUUACCUGUACCUGUACUUCUACCUAAACCUCUACCUGUACCUGUACCUCUGUAAAAGUACCUACAAUUCUACCUAAACAUCUUCUGUACCUGUUCCUUUACCUGUAACUUUAUAUGUACCUGUACCUUUAACUGAAUCUGUGCCUGUAUCACUUAUACUGUACACUGAAAUAAGGAACCCACAUGCAUCACACAUACCUCUAAUCAGACAUCCUGAAUAAUUAUAAAUAUGAAUAUCUGAUCUAAUAAUAUAACGUUAUUCAAACUAUCUAGCUAUCUUUCAGAACAUUACACAGAGAGUAAAACAAAUGAAAAUGGUUAAAAUUAGAAAAAAGUGAAAAAAAGGAAAAAAGGAAGAUAAAGGAUGACUAUUUUCUUUAGUCCCAGUUUGUGCAAAACCUCUCAGAAAGAAAAAAAGAAAAUAUAAAAAAAAUUAUAGUUAUUUUUAUGGCUUGAAGAAAGAAAGAAAGAAAGAAAGAAAGAAAGAAAGAAAGAAAGAAAGAAAGAAAGAAAGAAAGAUGAAUAAGUAAAGUUUUCAGAAGCGUAAAAAUAUAGAAGUGCUAAUGUUUCAAAUUAAAAUUUAGAAAGAAAGAAAGAAAUUGUAUGAUUAUUUUUCUUUACAGAAAGAGAGAAAAAAUAGAGCGCCUUAACUUUUGAAAAUGUACAAGGUAAUAACUGUAAUUAUGGGGAAGACGAAGCAAAACGAGGCUGAAGAGAAAAUCUUUACUCAUUUCUUUAAAAAACAAAUCAAUUACUGAAAUGUAGAAGAAGAGAUAAACGAAAGUGUUAUUCAUUUUAGAGCUAAGUGUUAAAGAAAGAAUGAUGGGAAGAAGAAUGAAAAUCCGACAUUGUUUUAGUUAUCACAGCUCUUCUAAAACUCAUCUCGUAAUCGUACAGCUCUGAUAAUAAAGGAGAAGAAACUAGUCUUUAACCUUCAUCACACUUUCAUCAACACAAAAUGGCCCUGACACUGAGGAACGUAUAGUGAAGAGCUGUGAUGUGCUACUCUCCAGUACAGUAUUACACACUCCAGUCUUUCCAGACCUUCAGUAUGUUGUGUCAAAUUUCAGUCCCAGACUUUUAAAUGGCUUUUUCUUGUAGAAUUCUUCAUGCUCGGUAAUUGUGUCUAGACUCAUUCCAGGCAGAAUACAGAGUAAUGUUUGGAUGUAGUGAAGCUGAUUUGCUUUUGCUGUGUUGUGCAUAGAAAUUCAAAUAUACAAAAAUAAAAAAG